ACAUUUGGCAGCAGUUGCUGUCAUUCCAUUUCAUCUUAGAAAUAGUCAACACCAUCCCAUUUACAUUAACACUUUUCUACCCACCGUUACGGAAUCUCUUCAUUCCAGUUUUUCUGAACUGUUGGCUGGCAAAGCACUCUCUGGAAAAUAUGUUUAACGAUCUUCACAGAGCGAUGCAGAAGUCCCAAUCUGCUCUUUCACAACAACUCACAAUUCUGUCAGCGACUCUCGUAUGUCUCGUAUUCACCAGCGUUUGCGGUAUUCAGCACUGCCAGAGAGCUGGUCAUCGACAUCUGAAUCUCUUCCAAGCAACUUACUAUGUUGUAGUGACCUUCUCCACUGUUGGAUAUGGUGAUUUCGUUCCUGAUAUUUGGCCCUCCCAGCUCUGGAUGGUCAUCAUGAUAUGUGUGGCGCUCAUUGUACUGCCAACGCAG